AUGGCGGAUCCAAUCAAUGAGCACCGGCUUGACGGCAGAGGAUUUGGAAGGCGAAUGGGGGAUUUCUCAGGAUCAUCCCUGACGACACUUGCUGCACCCUUGACCUGCCAAUUGGUCAUGGAUACCAAUAGGUCCCCGGUGAGUUACAAAAAUAGGCAUAGCUUAUUCGCACAUCUGUUGAUCGACACCAGCACUGACCUGCUGCGGAAAAGACGGAGACGGAGUAAGGUCACAUGUGGAGUCUUCCCAACCUAAUUGCCUAUCCAGAUUCUAGCUGCAAACCAUAAUCGGCGACAUUGUUAGAUCAGAUCCUACUACGAUGAAGUCGCCAGAGCAAGUCAAACACUGCUAUUAA